AUGAGUAAAGUUAAGAGACCUAAGAUGAUCAAAGAAAAUGAUCCACGUGUAAGUGGAAAUGAGCAUAAAAACCAAAAAGACGACAAGCCUGAAGCAGUCGUUGAAACUUUAGCACCAACAUCAAUGUUCUUCAGUUAUAACCAAGCUCUCGGACCGCCAUAUCACAUUCUUGUUGACACUAACAUGCUUUGGCAAACAGUUGCCGAUAAAGUUGACCUUAUUGAUGGUAUGCAAAAAUGUUUGCUUGCAAAAUGUGUCCCAAUUGUUACAGAUUGCGUUGUUGCAGAGCUUGAAAAAUUAGGUAGAAAGUUCCAUCUCGCACUCAAACUUACAAAAGAUCCUAGAGUUAGACAUCUUAAGUGCGGAUGUCAUGGAAAUUACGCUGAUGACUGCAUAGUAAAUCAAGUUACGAAAAACCGUAUAUACUGCGUUGCAACAAACGAUAAAGAUUUAAGAAGACGUAUUAGAAAGAUCCCCGGUGUUCCAAUUUUGUACCUUCACCAGUUCAAAUUCCAAGUUGAACGUCUCCCAGAUAGUGAUUUUGGCCCAAGACACUUCUAA